CUUGACUCGCUUGUACUGUCACACUCGAAAGUGGGCAAGUGUAACCACCUACUAAUGCGUAGUAUAGCGAGUUUAGAUUUAAAUGUCAACCCGGGUCCUAAAUGUGAUGACUACUCCGUGAAAUUCUUAGUAUUUAGCAGUUCAACUGUAGUAAAGUUCCAACUAAACUAGCAAACAAAAGCAGUAAAGGUUGUGUUCCAAGUUUGAGAGAGGUCACCCAGAUAUGGUUCCCCCUAGACUGCAGUUAAGCCAAGUUGUAAUUCACCCAGUCCAGUUUCAAUGAUAAUUAUACUGUGGAAGGUUCUUAGACAGCCUGAAGUCUCGACUAAAGGUCUCCAGACCCUCUCAAUUUGAAUCCCCAGCGGGCGACUAACCUCCACCGGAGUAAAAAGACUGAGGCCCUAACGCACCAAACCUCCUCUACUGGAGUAAAUCCAGUACAUAAUAGUGAACCGACUUCUCGACUAAAGUUGUCAAUUCACUACCUUCAAUUAAGGGUGCUCUAUCAACCUAGGAGGAUAUUCUUUUUCUAGGGCAAAGCAGGAACUACAGGAAUUUGAUCAGGAUUCAUGCAAUUCAGAAAAUCAUGCCUCAAUUGAAUAUAAUCGGUAUCAAAGAACAUGUACUUGGGUUCAUACAACCAAACCUAACAUACAAAUCUAGGGUUCUUCAUACCUAGGUGAGUGAAAGAGUUUAAUCUAUAAUGAGAGAAUAGAAAUCUGCUUCAGAUGCGGAAAUCAUUAUGUAAAGGAUGAAAAUCUGCUUCUGGUAAUCAAUCAGCACUUCUCCAAGCUUCCCCCGAGCUCCAAUAGUGUUGGAGAUCGAUUUAAGGCACUUGGAAGUUCUGUUCGUCACUCUCUCUCUCUCUCUCUCAGUUUUCUGCUUUCUAUCUCUAAAAAUCAGAUCCCCUCUCAAAAGAGGCUUUCUUCCCUUCAAAAGGGGAAGAUCGCGAUACCCAGCCUUAAUACCCGGUCGGGUAUUACUGGGGACCAUCCGGGUAUUAUCAAAACGCAGCGCUCUGACAGGGGGAAAUACCCGAUCGGGUAUUUAAGCUUCGCGGCCGGGACCCCUUCUGCUUCUUUGGCCUUCAAAAUAGUUUUACCCGGUCCUUCCUUCUCGUUUACCCGGUCAGUUAUUUCAGUGCCUGACCGAGUAUUUUUGCUUGACAGCUCCUCUAACUCCAACUUUCCACUUUUCGACCCGAAACUCGUUUCCACGCCUCUAUAUCCACGCCAAGUCCUGAAAUAUGACAUAAACAAACAACCUAGCAUGAAAUCGGCCUAAAACACGAGAAUCAACUCUCAAACGGUUCAAGAAUGAUGGUCAACAUGGCUGCUACUCAGUUUGGGCAGCCGACUACUCGUAUUCAGGUCGAUAACGGGAUGGAAUUUCAAACAAGUUUGCAGUCUUUCUAUGAGGCUCGGGGUAUCCUUCUUCAAACCUCAUGCACUGACACCCCGCAGCAGAACGGGGUCGUGGAAAGAAAGCAUCGACAUCGUUUAGAAACCUCACGUGCCCUCAUGUUUCGCGCCAAUCUACCUUUGGCAUUCUGGGGUGAGUCAGUUCUUACGGCAACAUACUUGAUUAAUCGACUGCCCUCCACAGUUCUUGACAACCGAACGCCCUAUGAAUUACUCCUUGGUCGCCCACCUACUUAUGGUCAUCUCCGCGUUUUCAGCUGUCUAGCCUAUGGUAAGGAUACCCAUAAGAGUCUCUCGAAGUUUAGUGAACGAGGACACCCCUCCAUCUUCGUUGGGUACCCGUCUCAACACAAGGGGUAUCGUCUCUGGGAUCUUGCGGCACGGAAGUUCUACGUGAGCCGCGAUGUGGUCUUCAUCAAGCAUGUCUUUCCCUUCCAUGCUGGGGAGACUACUGCUCCUUCUUCUAUUCUUGUUUUUCCUCGGCUAGUUCCUCCGCCUCCCUUUGACAAUCCCGAUCUUACCGCUACGGCCGAGCGGCAUGAGUUUGACUCCGAUGACGAGGGUGCUUCUGAUUCCUCCGAGAUGCCUGACGACCCUCCACUUCGGGUGCAACUUCCUCAGAAGCCUCUCCUCCCUAGCCCGAGGUUCGACGCAGUGACCAGAUGCAGUUUGUGCCUCGUCAUCUUGUUGUGUAUGACACGAACCUGCCUCCUUCCAACAUACCUCAUCCCCUAGCUCAACAUGUAAGUUAUCAUGCAUUUUCUACUAGUCAUCGAGCUUUCUUGGCCUCGGUGUCCGCCGUUCCUGAGCCAAAUCAUUUCCAUCAAGCCAUUCAGUAUAUUGAAUGGCGUGUUGCCAUGCAAUUUGAAAUAGGUGCAUUGGAGGCCAACCAUACUUAGUCUUUGGUUCCUUUGCCGCUAGGAAAGAAGGCCAUAACGCCCAAGUGGGUAUAUAAAAUUAAGUAUCAUCCGGAUGGGACUGUGGAGCACUAUAAGGCUCAUCUCGUGGCUAAAGGCUUUACACAGGUCGAAGGGAUUGAUUACCACGACACGUAUGCACCAGUGGCCAAACUGGAUAGUGUUCGUACUUUACUUGCUGUAGCUACUGUUCGCAGUUGGACAGUUCACCGGCUUGACGUGAACAAUGCCUUUCUGCAUGGUGAUCUCGAGUAGGAGGUUUACAUGACUAUACCUCCUGGUUUUGCUGCUCCUGGUGAUACUCGGGUAUGUCGUCUGCAUAAGUCCUUAUAUGGCUUGAAGGAGGGGUCUCGCAAUUGGUAUGCCAAGUUUACAUCUACUCUUCUUGGUAUGGGUUUCACACGGUCGCCUGCUAAUUAUUCGAUGUUCGUUCGGAAGACUUCCACUAGUUUUGUUACGUAUUAAUCUAGGUAGACAACGUGGUCCUUGUUGGUGAUGAUGCUGGAUUCAUUCAGCACGUCAAGACUAUGUUGGAUGACCAGUUCGGCAUCAAGAAUCUCGGCCCCUUGAAGUACUUUUUGGGAAUUGAAGUUGCUCGCUCGCACAAGGGUAUUUUCUUGAGUCAGCGUAAGUAGACCCUUGAUCUUCUUCAGGAUGCAGGUCUUACGGGGGAGCGUCCCAUCUCUACAUCUAUUGAACAAAAUCACCAGCUUACUCGAGCACCUGGUGACCCAGAUGGUGCUUCUGCCGAGGCCUCGGCUACUUCCCGUGAGAUGGACAAGUCUGCUUAUCGCCGCUUGGUUGGUCGCUUACAGAACCUUACUAUCACGCGUCUUGACAUUGUCUACUCUGUCAAUAUUCUCAGUCGAUUUGCGCACUCUCCUUCUCAUGCGCAUGUUGCUGCCGCAGACAGGUUAUCCGUUACUUGAAAAUUCCCCGAGGCAGGGCAUUCUCUUGCCAUCCACUGGCUUAUUGGACUUGAUUGCAUAUUGUGACACUUAUUGGGCUAGGUGUCAGCUUACCCGUCUCUUUACCUCCGGCUAUUUCGUCUGAUGGGUAAUGCUUCGAUUACUUGGCGUACUACGAAGCAGACCGUUGUUGCUCGAUCUUCUACUGAGGCUGAAUAUCGAGCUAUGGCUAGUGCCGUUAAUGAAGUUCUCUGGCUUCGUGCUCUCCUUUGUUAGUUGGGUGUUCCUCAGUCUGGCCCUUCUGUCCUUCAUUGUGAUAACCAGACUGCUCUACAUAUUGCAGCUAAUCUCGUAUUCCAUGAGCGUACGAAGCAUGUUGAGCUUGUAUGUUACUUUGUGCGGGACCAGGUUACGGCUCACACUGUUCUCCCCACCAAGGUGUCCUCACGUGACCAGCUCGCUGACAUAUUUUCCAAGGGCCUUGGUGGUGAUCAGUUCUAUUUUCUUCUCUCCAAGCUCGAUAUUUGUGAUCUGCAUACUCCUCUUGCGCGCGGUGGCCGCGGGGGGGGGGGGGGGGGGGGGGGGGGGGGGGUAGGGGUAGGGGAUGAUGGAGUCGUAUUAAUUAUUGUAGGGGCUGUUUUGUCUUUUGACUCUAUGGUUCCUACGUAUAACCCUAGGAUAUGGGAGCAUUAGGAUUAUAUUUAUAUAUAUAUUGCUUCUCCCCUGUAACAAAAACCCAAGUUAUAUACGCAGACAAUAAACAGAACUGAGAAGG